CGUCAUGUGAUAAGGGAUAGGAGGAAAAAAGACGUCAUAUACAACGUUAAAAUCACGCUUUGUCCUGUCAACAUGACGGGUACAUUUGAGCAGAAAAAAAUAGAAAAGACUGAGCACAAGAAAAGAGACAAGACUGAGCAAAAAAAAAGAGAAAAGGAUGAGCCCAAAAAGAGAGCAAAGGAUGAGCCCAAAAAAAGAGCAAAGGAUGAGAAUGAAAAAAAAGGAAAGGUCAAGGAUGAGAAUGAAAAAAAAAAAAAAAAGUCUCGGCGAUCUCGCCCAUCUGACAAAAAGUAUACAACUGUCUUGACCAACAAGCGAGGGGUCGUGGCGGGAGUUAUUCUUCUUCUGAUUGGACUCACCUUGCACGUGAUGGGCAUGGCCACGCCCAACUGGGUCGUGCAAAAGUGGAAAUAUGCUGGUCUUUGGAGCGAGCAUUCUACAUGGAUUAUGACCUAUGGACAAGUGUCGUCGCUAGUCACGAAACCCGUCCCCAGUUGGAUACGUGGCGUUCAAGCAGUGGCCAUAUUAGGAGCGGUAGCGGCAAUCUUAUCUAUUGUGUUUCUUCUUAUUUCCCUGAAGCGACCAGAAAAACGGGUGUUCAUAGUGUCCGGGGUGGCAGCCAUCAGUGCAGGUUUCUUGAUAAUCGUCGGAGUCCUUACAUACGGAGUUCAGUAUCUUGGCUGGGCUAAAUUUAGUUUUAGUUGGGCGUUUUUUCUGGAAAUAGCAGCAGGCUGCAUAAUGAUUAUUGCUGGAUUUACUAUACUAGCUGUAAUGACAAAACAGAAAUACGCCAGCAAAACUCUUCCUGCCGACACCUCCGUCAAGCUCCUUCAUCACCGCAGAUCUGUCGUUACCCUUAAGACAAGAGUAGUAGUAUAAAUGUGGUUGUUAUUAAAAUCUGCAGAUCUU